ACGUCCGUUGAAAAGAGUGAGGUGGGGGGAAAGGCACGUCAAGCUCUCCAGACGGCUCGAAUGAACACAGCGUGUGCUGCUGGUACGUUUCGUUUAGCGCAACCGGAGAAGUUAAUCGUUCAGACCGGCCGAGGAAACGAAUGAGAUAUCAACCGAGUCGUGCACAGUGAGUGGACCGGACAGGGCAGCAGCAACCCCUUUUCUCUACCGCAGACUGAUAAGGAGACCCAGAUGGACAACAGGAACACAUCUGAUGACAAGCCCGUUCAGCGUUCUAAGUCUUUCAGUUUCAAGACGCAGAAGGAGACGUGUGCAUCAUGUGAGAAAACCGUGUAUCCGAUGGAGAGAUUGGUGGCCAACAACCUCAUCUUCCACACCACGUGCUUCUGCUGCAAGCAUUGCAACACCAAACUCAGUCUGGGGUCCUAUGCGGCGCUGCAGGGGGAGUUCUACUGCAAACCACACUUCCAGCAGCUCUUCAAGAGUAAAGGGAACUACGAUGAGGGCUUCGGGCGCAAGCAGCACAAGGAGCUCUGGGCCUCCAAGGAUGCAGAGAGCAUCACCAAGACGCCAUAAUCCUCAGUGAUCUUUCCAAAGCACCUCUCCCCUCCCUAGCCAACGAUGAUGACCCUUUAUAUACUCUGCCCAUGUCAAUACACACAUGCAUCCACACAAACACACUCACACACUCAUUUCAAGCACACAAGCAGUUGAUCCAGGCUUCUCAUGAUAUCACAACACAAUCACAAAUAUACCAAGAUAAUGUGAUCGUUGAUUAGCUUCUCUUUUGUCUGUUCAUUUUUAUUUUAUUUUUUUUAUUUCUCCUGCCCUUCAUUCUCUAUUUUUAAUUUAGCUUUUUUUUUUUUUUUUUUUUUUUUUUUUUUUUUUGUGUAAUGUUGUGGAGUAAACAGUUAGUUGAUUGUGACCAAAAUCUUUGUGUCCCUAUAGAGGUGGGAUGAUUCACUUCUUAGCGUUGUUACGGUCCUGUUUGGCAGUAUCUGUUGGUUUUCUGUCAUGAAAGGUUUCAAGAUGGUUUAGAUUAUACACUCAGGUAAAGAUUCUGGGUUGUUGCAUCAAGAUUAUUCAGCAAUCUUUUAUGUACAUAGUGAACUUAAAUGUUUUGUUUUAUGAUGGAUAUAUGUCCCUCACUUCAGUUACAGCAGUCUGUACUGUUUUCAAACUAAAUGGCUUUUUUUUUUUUUUUUUUUUUUUUUUUUUUAAUUGUCUGCUUUGCUGGCACAGGGUAUUUUAUCUGUGAAUCUACAGGGUACACUGUACUGUAAAGAACUCUCUUGAGUUUACACCCACCACCCCUUAUCUUUGCAUUCUUUUUCAUCUUUGUUUUAACUUCUUUUGACUUUAAGAAUUAGUAUUUGACAUAUCCUUUCAGAUCCAACAAUAUCAUUCUUAAGCACGAGUAUCCUUGACCAAAUGUAGCUGUAAACGCCAAUAUCUGCUAAGAUAAUAUUUACCUACUCUAAAAUGAAUUUGAUUUUACAAAUUUAAGAUUUAGAUCAGCUAUGAUUUCUGGCGCCCUCUAGCGUCUUGGAUGAUAUUUCUUAUUUGACAUAAUGCUGGUUAUUCUCUGCCAUCUAGUGAUAUCUCCGCUCAUUUUAUCAAUCAUAAAUAUUCCUUAUGUCUUAUUUUCUUUUUCUUUUUUUUUAUACGUUGUUGCUCAAUGAUUUCUUGUAAAGGCAUUUGUACAUAAGUACCACUAAACUGAGUGAAUGUACUGUGAUGCACUAUACUGUACUUAUGCCUUGCUGCAUGGGACCAAGCUUGUACAACAAAAUUAAGAUAUAUCACAGGGAACUAGGUCUCAGAGGAAAUGUCAUUUAUGAUGCUUCGCACUAUUACCUCCCCUCCCCCCUCUCACUCCACCACUUCCUGUCAUUGCAUAGUUUUGGGCUGUUUCCUGUAGGCUUCUCCGUGACGGGGUUUUGUGGGACUUUGAGCACAUGCACAAUCGUGUGGCUCGGAAGCAUUGCUCAGGAAUACGGACGAUCCAGCACCGUCACCCCUAGUGUUCAUUGUUAGGAGCUGUAGUUCAUCACACAAACAUUAUGCCCUAAAUUGACCAACAGUCAGCAGUCGGGGGUUUGAGCAGGAAGGGGGUCCCGUACAUCUAAACAAAGACUUCCAUCCCAGGUUUUAUAUGCACAUGUCAGCGUGAAACUGUGACUUGUGAAUUGUCACUGUGGCCAUAAGCUGUGACCUCUCCAGAGGUUGAUGUAUUUGUGUACAAACAUCAUUAAUGCCAUUAUGUUGUUUUUCAUGAAUGAAAUGCCUCUGUGUUUUAAUACUGUUGCUUCUUUUGUUUUGUCUGUUUUUUAGUGUAACACGGUAAAGCUGUUCUGAUAAGCCGGUAUUUCGUAAAUGUCAUAUAUAAGUGGUCUGUAGAUAGUUUUGCCUUUAGUUUUAGGCCCAUGAUAAUGGCUUGUUUUGUUCGCUAAUGUCUCGUCUGCCUUCCAGUGCAAUGGCCUUUUGUCUGUACUUUUGAGGAGAUUCUCCACGUAGACUUGCUAAGUCAUUGAAAAUCAUCCAAAUAUUUUCAACAACUUGCACACCACAAAAUUCCCUGUGUGUGUGUGUGGUAUAUGUUUAAUGAUGACUGUGAAAUUGAAAUGCAUUGAGAGGUUUAGAGGAAUUAUCGAAAGCUCUUGGCACAAAAUGAAAGAAUAUUUUCAUAUUAAGCCUUAUUUUAGUUGCAUUUCUUUUUAUCGCUUGAAUCAUUUUUAGAACACCUCCCCCCCCCACCCACCCCAAAAAAAGAAAAGAAAUCUUUCACAAUCAUAAUUUCAUAAUCAGCUUUCUCAUUUUCUCUCCGUUAAUAAAUCGGUCUUUAUUUUCACUGCGUUUUCUCUUCUGUCCAAAUGUGCUUUUAAUUUUGGAACAAACCUUUCACAGACACAAAUCACUGUGUUUACACCAAUUGUUCGUUGUGUUUGCACGCAGUGCGCCAAGGUACAAAUGACACAAUAUCCUGCAGACACUCGCUGUCUUUUAUAAACUACAGAACAAAUAGGAAAAAGGUACUUUGCUCUUUUCUGAUGGAUUUGUAGUUCUUGAAAUGUGUGAGUGUGUCUAUGUAAAUGUAUGGAUAUUUAAGGUUGCAAAAGAUUAUUUUUGAAUGCUGUUGACUCUUGUCUGCAUGCGUUGAGUGAGAGGAGAUAAAUGUACGCAAAGUGUAUUACUCUAUAUCUAAAACUUGAUCAGUGGAACAAGGUGGCCUUAAAGCAGAAGGAGGUCUUGGCUCUUUACUUGUCUCUUUUGUCCCCCCAUCAGGUUUAUUUUUGUCUAAGUACUUUUAUCAGCCCUCCAGUUCAACUGCUACAAGAAUUUCUAAUAAAAUGUGUUUUUGCUUUCUGUCACUUCCCACAGUGUUUCUCAUAUUUUUCUCCUCCUGUUUAUUUCUCAUUUUUGUACACCCUUUUGGAGAAAAACAAUAAACGAUAUGCUGGUGAUGAUCAA